AUGCAUUCGAAAAACGCAACAAGUGGAAAUGAAGCCAGCAAAGCAGAGCAAAAAUAUGCCUUUCUUUGGAAACAUUUUACUGAAAAAAUGAGUCAAUUAUCUAUGAAUUAUUUAGGCCUUCAUUUCUGUCAAUUAGGAGGUUGGGAUUAUGUGAAUUUCGAAAGCAAAUGUUGA